AUGUCUGAGUACAAAAUCAGCAGCGCCUACUUUUCCAGAAAAAAUAAAAUACUGCUCCUAAUAUGUGUAUUUUUUUUCUCGUGCUCGACACACAUAUUCAAAAAUGCCUUCCCCUUUUUGUUCAUGUUAACUGGGGUUCGUAACGAAAUAAACACUAAUAAGAAAACAGCGUGUCAAAUAAGCAAAUUGUUGUACUCGAAGAAAGGUUCAGAUGUAGAAUCAAUAAUUGAAGAUAACGUGGGUAUAAGCGCGAAGAAAGACAGAAAUGGAAGCCCAUGGAAAGAGCACCAUGUACCUACUAUUGGUAAUACCUACCUGAGGGAAAGAAUUUUCCUCCUGAACAAGGUCAGACAAAAUAUCACAAACAAUGGUCCAUACUCAUGUAAUGAAAAUGACGGCAAAAAUAGCAAAUCGAUAUAUCUAUAUAGUAAUAUUUUAUCUCUAAUUUAUUGUAGCUCCCUAUUGACAUAUAUUUUUAUACUUAUAUUCGAUUUGGGAAAAAAUAAUUAUUUUAUAAACAGCAUUUAUAUUGUCAAUUUGAUUUCUCAUUUUAUUAUUUUCUUAAUCUUGAGUGAUAUUCAAAGUAACAAUACCAAUUUGAAUCAUGACUUGGACAUGUUAAAAACUGUGCAAAAUAAAAAAAUGAUUCAUGUUGUUGUGAAACCUUGGGACAUAGUUAUCAACCAGUUCGAGAACUACAAUGAUGAAAUUGAAACAAAUCAGUAUAAUAACAUAUUCCAAAACAGGAAGAAAAUAAAUUUACUUUUUCGAAAAAAUCUUCAAGACAGAUUAGAUUCGAAGAAAUACUUAGCUGUAGGACCAUUAGAAAUGGGUGCAAUGAAAAUUAUUCAGAAUUUUCACUUAAUUAAGAAACUGUGGAUGGUUGAAAAAACGGGGACCUAUUCUCGUGAUAAAAAAAUCGGAUCCAUUCCUACCAUAUGGAGAAAAAAGCGUUUAGAAAAAAAUUGGAAAGAUGAAAUGGAAGUAACUAAUUCAAAAGGAGGGAAAAAAAACAGCCAAGGAGACAAAAGAUAUGAAAUAGAGGCAGAGGAGGGAGAAGACGAAGUUGUGUACACAUACGAACGGAAUUACUUGAAUUAUUUGUACCUAUUCAUCAUUAUCAGUUCUAUAUGCAGCGGGUAUAUAAAGAUAUACCAGAAGAAAAUAAUGUAUUGUAUAUUUUAUGUAAACAUAGGUGUGAUAACAUCAUUACUCAUAUUGAUGAACAAUUUAUUUAAAUUAUUAGCACACUCUUUGAAUUAUGUUGUAACAAAUAAUAAUUCCAAUACAGACAUUAGUGAUUAUAUAAUAUUAUUUUUAUUUAUAGAUAUGUUUGGACUAUUAAUGAUUUUAAUUUUUACAUAUAAUUGGUUUUAUCAAAAAACAUUGUGGAUAAAUAUGCACACUAUAUUUUACAAUUACAAAUAUAUUUGCUUCUACCACAGUGAAACGUAUUACAUAUAUUCGGUUGAUAAAAAUAUUGACAACAUCCUAGUUCAUAUUGAUUUAUGUCAAGAUAAAAAUAUUCAAAUAAGUUUCUGUGCAUACAUGAAUUUACAAAAGUCCAUUUUUUAUGACUAUUUCCGCCUGAACACGUUCAGAAAAAAUAAACUCAGAAUUAUUCAAAUUGACGACCCAAAAUUUGAGGUCAAAAGUACUUACAAAGGAAUGGACUCACCGAAUGACCUAACUUCUACACAGAAUGGACUAACUUCUUCACAAAAUGGACUAACUUCUGCACAGAAGGGACUAACUUCUGCACAGAAUGGACUAACUUCUACACAGAAUGGUCUAAGUUUCACACCGAACGGAAAAUGUAGUACCAGAAACCAUGAACAUGUCACACCCAAGUUCACCAGAAAACAGAAUCAUAGCUAUACCAUGAAACCAUACAAAAUUUGCAUAGAAUCUUUCAACAUGUUAAAUCCAAAUAGUGUGGAAACUACUGAUAAGGAGAGCUUAGAGAUCAAUGCUUCGCAGGUCCCAUUAACAGCAGGCCAUUUAAACACAGAAGUAGUGCUUACCAAUGCAGUACCUUCACAUUGCAAUCGUCCCUUUGAGGAUAGCGCUUACAACUCAAAUGAUGACGUAAAUGAGGAAGUACAAGUUGGGCUAGAAAAAAAUACAUCUAGUUUUAAUAGGGGCGAUGUAAGAAUAAAAAAUUCUAGCAAUGAGAAUAAUCAAAGCUGUAUAAGGAAACAAGGGAAAAAAAUAUCAAAAGGUGAUUCAGUGCAUUUUUUGGAUCAACACAAGGAGGGAGAAGUAGAAUCACAAGGAGAAGCAGAGAUGAGUGCUGUAGAAUUGUCUAGCCUUAUUUACCAUGAUAGAUGUACACAAGGAAAUGCUGGUGACAAGGGUGAUUUUGAAAAUUGCUUAAAAAAAAAGAAUCAUGAUAGUGAUUGCUUUUUGGAAAACUCGGGAAAUUUUGAAAAGGAAGAGAAAAAGAAUGUUUUAUUAAUUCCAAAUUAUGAAGAAGAGGGAGAUAUAGAUUUACACCACUGUGACGAAGAGGGAGAUAUAGAUUUACACUACUGUGACGAAGAGGGAGAUAUAGAUUUACACUAUUGUGAUAAAAAGGGUGAUAUAAAUUUACACUAUAGUGACGAAGAGGGAGAUAUAGAUUUACACAAUUCUAACGACUUUGAAUUAUCUCAUAAUAAGGAUGAAUCAAAAGUUUUGUUUAUGAAAAAAAGAAAUGAAACAUUUUACAAAAUUAAACAUAAAAUUUUGAAAAUGUAUGAAAAUAUAAAAAUAUUCCUCUCCUCUUUUACCUUUUAUUUCUUUUUUUUUAUAUUCAUAUAUGCAUUUCUUUUAUCCGUUAUGCACAUAUUUAUUAAUUACUUUUUUUAUAUUUACCUGUUUGUGUUUAAUAUAAAUAUUUAUGUCUCAAAUGUGUAUACAAUUAUUAUGACAUUCGUUUCAUUGAUAGCUAUUCCUUUUUCUGGAUAUAUCAUUGAUAACAUAGGAUCUUUCUUGUCUCUUCUCCUGUGUUCAUCAUCUUUUAUUUUAAUUGCAAUAUCUGGGUCUAUAUAUUGCUACAAGUUUAACAUGAAUUCAGAAGCCCUAGCGUUCCUCUUUUUCAACCUCAUAGGAAUAAGCGAAUCCAUCAUCCCCACAGUUAUUAUUUCUCAAAUUCCCACCCACCUAUGUGUAAAAAAUAAUGAGAACAUCACAUCAGCCUUUGCAAUAUUCGAAUUGGUAACAAUGAUAAUUAUAAGCAUAAAUAAUUACGUUUUUGGUUGUUUUCUGAUAAAAGAAGAAUAUUUAAAGGGACUGUACAUUCUCCUUUUUUUCGUCAUUCUGGUAAUCAUCCUUAUCUUCUUUUUAAUAAUCACCAUUUACCUUAAGAAGAAGCAGAAAGCACAUGUGUACAUGAGUCCAAGGAACUCUGAGCUAGCGCAACCACUCCUUUGA